GAUAUCUGAAGAUACAUAAGUUGGCACAACUGGCCCUCUUAACACACGCCAUAAAUUUCAUCUGCUACUCAACUGAAAUGAAGAGGGAAACGGCAGCCUACUCCAGUAUUCUUGCCUGGAAAAUUCCACAGAGGAGCCUUAACGGGAGCCCGUGGGCUUGCAAAGAGUCGAACACUACUGAGACACUGAACGCACAGCUGAAAAAAUUACCGAUGCAUCCGGUUCAGUAGGGGCGCGGAUGGGGUGACGGGAGAAGGCUGAAGUGUUGGUGUUGAGGUCCAGUACAGCCUGAGCUCUUCAGGAGUACUUUGACAAACAAGAGAACUUCCUUUAUCUUGUUGACCACAGGAUACAAAACCUGGGAAGCAUGCCGAGUUGUCCAGACUGUCACAGGAGAGGAGUUGUGUAUACUGUGUUUUCACAUAUCCCGAGUGGUGAUAGAGUUUUGCGUGAGGAGGAGUGAGUGAGGUGUCAGAGUCUCUGUGGACGGCAGGGUCUCUUCCGGUGAUUUGGCUCUUUGCAUCAGGUGGCCACAGUACUGGAGCUUCAGCUUCAGCAUCAGUCCUUCCGAUGAAUAUUCUGGACCCAGGUUGGCAUCUUCAUCUUUGCAUCCCAAGCACCUGCAGAGCUAGGAUACAUUGAUGCUCGUAAACUUUGUGAAAUCUCUGAGUGGUCUCAGUCUCACAAGGACUGCAUGGUAGCAGAAAGAGAAAACUGCAUCAGGGUGAGAUCUGUAAGAGCCUCUGCAGAUCUAUGGACGAUAACCAAGCAACAAAGAGACCUUCAGAAAGGCAUGGCUUCCAGAGACGAGAAUGCAGAGCGGACAAACAGAGUGCUAAGAAUCAGCCAGUUGGAUGCGCUUGAACUAAACAAGGCCCUGGAGCAGCUCAUUUGGUCCCAGUUUACUCAGUGCUUUCAUGGAUUUAAGCCAGGGCUGUUAGCCCGCUUUGAACCAGAGGUGAAAGCAUUCUUGUGGCUUUUCUUGUGGAGAUUCACCAUCUACUCUAAAAAUGCCACAGUGGGACAGUCAGUGUUGAAUAUUCAGUACCAGAACGAUCUAUCCCCAAACCUGAGCUACCAGCCACCGAGCAGAAACCAGAAGCUGUGGUAUGCUCUCUGCACUAUUGGUGGCAAGUGGUUAGAAGAGCGAUGCUACGAUUUGUUUCGGAACCGUCACAUCGCAUCCUUCAGGAAAGCCAAGCAGUGUGUGAAUCUGGUGGUCGGACUUCUGAAGUUAGGCAGGUUGAUUAAUUUCUUGAUCUUCCUCCAAAGGGGCAAGUUUGCAACUUUGACCGAACGCCUGCUGGGCAUCCGUUCUGUCUUUCACAAGCCCCAAAGUGUCCGAGAAGUGGGCUUUGAGUAUAUGAAUAGGGAACUCCUCUGGCACGGCUUUGCCGAGUUUCUGAUUUUUCUCCUCCCCCUCGUCAAUGUCCAGAAGUUGAGAGCCAAGCUCUCUUCUUGGUGUGUCCCGCUGACCGGAGCCCCAGGCAGCGACAGCACGCUGGCAACCAGUGGCAGACAGUGUUCUCUGUGUGGGGAGUGGCCCACCAUGCCUCACACCAUUGGCUGCGAGCAUGUCUUCUGUUACUACUGCGUGAAGAGUAGCUUCUUAUUUGACAUGUCCUUCACUUGUCCUAAGUGUGGCACAGAAGUCCAUAGCCUCCAACCCUUAAAAUCGGGCAUCGAGAUGGCAGAAGUCAGUGUCCCAUAGAAACUAAAGUUGGUUCCUCCGAGAAGAACCGUAUUAUGCCUAAAUCCUUAGCAUGAGUCAUCCUGAGUGUACUACUUAGAGAUGUUUUAUGAGGACAUGUGCUUCUCAGCCACUGCCUUCUGUUCCUUCCCAGGCACAACCACAUUCUACUCGCACUGGAAACCACAUGAUCCUAAAUAUGUGAUAUAAAUGGUAACAUGCUAUUUUUUUUUAAUCAUUGUGUUUAAUUUUUAACGUCAAGAAUAAUGGGCAGUUUUUUGGUGUUUGUUUUUUUUUUUUUAAACAAAUGACCACUCAGAAUGCUCCAUUCUGCCACUUCCUGGAAAGAGGUGAGACUAAAAAUAAAAGAUUGUGGAAACUC